CGCUCUCUGGCACGCGCGGUAGGGACACGGCGUGCACACGCACACGCACAAAGAAGUGGGAGUGGAAGCUCGUGUUGUCGCUGGAAGCCAGGAUGGGAUAAUCAUGCGUGUCUGGCUCCGGGCGUCGAUGCCGCUGCCAGCGCUGGAUCCGGACUGGACUCGGGGCGCAGGGUGGGUCUAGUUCCCCCGACUGGAGCCAUCCGGACCUCAUGUCGAUCUUAUCAAGCAUUCCGAGGACGUUGAGGGUGAGGGCCGAGAGAGGGGUUGGUGCAGCUCUUUAAAACGAGAGACCGUUUUUCCACCCCUGAUGGAGGACAGAAUUCUCCGGCUGGAAUAACUUAGGUGGGGAAGAAAAGGUGAGAUCCCGGAUCCAGAAAGGCCUGUUUUCUUGAUGUCUUUGAAACCUGGAUAGAGACUCGCACCUGGAAACGGAUCGUUUUAGCGCCGGUAGUCGGGACUGCUUCGUUGGGCAGCGGAGCCGCGGGGCUCCUCGGAUGGAGAGGGCGCAGUGAGGGAGGCGCAGCGGGGACGCACGGGGAGCCAGGGGCGGCUCGGCGGCUCCAUGAGCGGCUCCUGCCGGCACAGAGCGUUCGGAGCCCGGCUGGAGCGUCUGCACCGCCGCGGGUAGAAACCCGCGAUUCAGGACGGCGGCAGCUAGGAGCUUUGAAUGCAUAUGAUCACAACCACCAUGAUUUUUAUGAUUCUUGGUGCUUCAGUUGUAAUGGCGAUAGCCUGUUUAAUGGACAUGAACGCAUUACUGGAUCGCUUCCACAACUACAUCUUACCGCAUCUACGAGGUGAAGACCGCGUCUGUCACUGCAACUGUGGAAGACAUCAUGUCCACUACGUAAUUCCUUACGAUGGCGACCAUUCCUUGGUAGACUCUUCUGAGAACUACUUUGUGAGCGAUAGUGUAACCAAACAGGAGAUGGACCUGAUGCUGGGGCUGCUGCUGGGAUUCUGUAUCAGCUGGCUGCUGUUGUGGUUGGACGGAGUCCUACACUGUGCCAUCAGGGCUUGGAGGGCGAGUCGUUACUAUGAUACUCCGUCCUGGUCAUGGCUGCCCCAGUUCUGCAAUCUUCGAGACCUCCGUCGUCAAACGCAGCUCAGACAGCUGGAAGAUUCCAGUGGCAACAUGGUCCACAUCAAGCAGAAGCUCUACCACAACGGCCACCCCAGUCCCCGACACCUCUGACUCAAAACAAAAAAAGGACAAAACAAAAUUUUUACCCCUCUUACCCCUCCUAUCUCUUACAACUCCACCCUUACCCCCCCCCCCGCCCCCCCGCCCCCAACCCCACAUUGGUCAACUGUUGUCUCAGACAGAGACCCUGAAAAUGUGCACUCCCCCUGUUCACAACACGGCCCCCUUAAACUUCCUGAUGAACUUUAUUACACUGAGUAAAAAAAUAAAAAUAAAAAAUCCAGCCCAGAAUUAAAAAAGAAAUCCAAAUCAAAGUGGAGCAAUAUGAUGAUAACUUGUUUCCACAGAAAUCUUGUCUCAUGUCCAUGUCCCUGUUGUGGGAGGAGGUUUAAAAAAACAUAUAGGAACAAAACAUUUUUAAGGGUGUUUUUCUGUAUUUAGACUUUUUCUGUGUUCAUUGUUAAAGUUGGCAUGCUCUUUUAGAACAGGGUAAGACGUGGGCAGCGUACGUGGCAGCAACAUGGGUGUCAUAACCUUUUUGGUUUCCUUCUUCUUCUUUUGGGUGGGUGAUGGACUUUGUUGGUCCGGGGAGGGGGACGGGACACAGGCGGGUGGGCUGGUUUUAGAUGGUUGCUUGUGUAAAUAGUUAUAAAUAAGGGCACAUGGGCUGCGGAGUCUAAACGGGGUGCACAGAGGGAUAUUUGUGUGCGUCAAGAUUAUUGCAAAAGAAAAGAAAGAAGAGUCACUUUGAAAAGUGGAUGUGAAAUCGUGUGAUUUCUGGUAAAAACACAGAAUAAUUAGCUUUGUUACCUAGUGAAUUAACUGAAUGUAUUAAUUUUUCCUGUAAAUAUGUUCGGGGUACAGGGCGUGUGUAUGGUGGCGGUCAGGGUUCUCUUUGCUCUGUUGUUUAGGAAAAAUAAAUGCCAGCCAAGACUCAUCAGUAAAAUACACGCCACACUGUGUCCGACAGCACAGCUCGAUUUUCUUUAUCCAUUUUCCUCUCACUUAUCAGGAACAACCAGCCUAUCAGCAGAGGGAACCCUCACCCAGACCCUCCCCCUCGCCCUCUCUGUCCAGACAUUGCUGUUGUGAGGAUGAAAUGUCUGUUUUAUUAAAAGUGCUGCUGAAGCACAACAGUGA